AUGGUGAGCACUAACUGCAUGUCGCUGCAGCUGGACGCCUGUCGGGAGAGAUUUGCGAUCUAUAACCGACUAAAUCCCCAAAGACCAGCGCCCGAGCUGUUUCAAUUUGAACGCGGGGGAGAUGUGAAGGUGCAGCUGUCACAAAUGGCAAGGCUGGCACUGGAUAUUCGAUACACGGUACCAUAUCUGUACAUUUAUAGGCCCAUUUUUGCUGACAUCGUUUCCAGAUGGUUAUGUGAGUUGGAGGCCACGGAGCCCGUGGCCGUUCUCGACGGACUAGCGCGGUGCAUCAGGCUCUGCCCGGAGAUUGGGAGCCUUGCGCAUCACUUUUUGUCAGAGAGAGGUGACUUCUUCUGCGCUUUGAUACAGACGCACGAGCAAGACCGGAACAAUGAGCUGCAGAGAACGCUACUGGCAUACUACCGGUUCAUCUACUACGAUCGGGAGGCUUUCAAAGCCCAUAUCCACCCUCAAGUCCUCCAUGCUGUGUUGGGAAGCAGCCAGCCGUCUGUCGUCAAAUUUUUGGCGAUGAAGAUAUUGGCACUCUAUUUGGAAAUGUCCGAGUCUACCUAUAUUGCCCUGCAAAAUAAACACAUUGCUGCUGGCGAGCAUCUGCUUUCGGACUAUGAGGGAGAUAGCGGUGUUGACUACAGAUUCUUAGAAUUGAACGAAUCGAAAAUGUUCUCCAACUUUUCACGGCUCCCAACGGAUACGCUGGAAGUGAAUACAGCAACGGUAACGAGCGAAAAGGAUAAUGAGAAUACCCUAACAAUCCCUGCCGAGUUAUUAUCAGCCCAUGUUAUUCCUGUCUGCAAAGUCUUAAUUGCGAAAGUUUCUACACAUGGGCCUGCACAUGUACUGAAAACAACCAUGGUACCUACCGCGCACUCAGUGGAGGCUAUGGUACAACUAGCUCGUUGCGUUCAGCAUUCGCAGCCGGUUAUGCUUGUCGGAGGGACUGGCUCAGGCAAAACUUUCCUUGUAAACGAGCUCGCGAGAAUGCUAGGAGUGCAUGAUUCGAUGGUGAAAAUACACCUUGGCGAACAGACAGAUGCUAAACUACUGUUGGGCACAUAUACCUCCGGAGAAAGACCAGGUACCUUUGAGUGGAGAUCGGGUGUUCUUACCACCGCUAUUAAAGAAGGCCGGUGGGUUCUAAUAGAGGAUAUUAACAAGGCGCCUACCGAAGUAUUAUCCGUUCUUUUAACGCUGCUUGAGAAACGGGAACUCUCUAUACCCUCUCGCGGACAGGUUAUUAAGGCAGCGGCUGGAUUUCAACUGAUAUCGACUAUUACUCUUGAGGAUGACGAGAAGUCGCAUAUGGGUGGUAAAAUGCCAGACUUGAUUGGUAUUAGCCGCUGGCAUCAAAUAAAAUUAUCGCAGCCGUCCGAUAGCGAGUUAAACUCCAUUCUAUGCGAAAAAUACCCCCUCCUCCGUAAUAUGAUUCCCAAGUUCAUUGCCACGUAUAAUGCUGUACAGGCGGUAUAUGGCAGUCCACAGUUCAUCUCUUUAAACAAGGGUGUACAUCCGCGGGUACUCUCAGUCAGAGACUUAGUUAAACUCUGCAACCGUGUCCACCAGAUAUUUGUUACGAACAAUAUUACAGCACACGAUCAGUUAAUCGAGUCUUCGAUCUAUGAUUACUUCUUUAUCGAGGCAGUGGAUUGUUUUGCUAGCGCAGUGAGUGAGGCAGCUGCUCUACAACCUUUGAUCACGAAAAUAGGUGAGUCUUUAGAAGUUUCGACUGCAAGAAUUGCAUUGUAUUUGACCAAACAUGUUCCCCAGUUUGAAGAUGGUGAUUCAAUUGUUAGAAUUGGCAGGGCAGCUGUGGCCAAGUCGAAGCUUGCGCUAAAGAAAAAGACUCUAAAUAGUACAUCAUUUGCUAGGACCAAUCAUGCCUUGAGGUUAAUGGAGCAAAUAUGUGUUGCGGUUCAAUUGGCAGAGCCGCUGCUUCUAGUUGGUGAAACGGGUACGGGGAAAACAUCGGUCGUUCAGCAAGUAGCGAAAAUGUUGAACAAAUCGUUGACUGUUAUUAAUAUAUCGCAGCAAACCGAGUCAGGCGACCUGCUUGGUGGGUAUAAACCGGUAAACUGUAAAACCAUUGCAAUUCCAAUCUUAGAAGAAUUUGAGCUUCUAUUUGCUGCUACAUUUUCGAUGAAAAAGAAUGAGAAAUUUUACCAAUUGUUGCAUAAGUGUUUUAAUAAUAAACACUGGAAGAACUUUAUCCGGCUCUUGCAUGAAGCCGUUAAGAUGGCACGUGUGGUAUUAACCAAAGAGGAUAAGGACGCUUCUGAAAAACAGCGGAAAAAACGGAAGCUAAACGAUCAGGAACAAAAGUUACUGUUAGAAAAGUGGGAAUCACUUGAAGACAGCGUUAAAAGCUUUGAAAUACAAGCUAAUUCUCUAGAAAACUCUUUCGUUUUUAACUUUGUCGAAGGUUCACUGGUAAAAGCUGUCAGAAACGGUGAUUGGUUAUUGUUGGAUGAGGUCAACCUGGCGUCCGCUGACACUCUAGAAAGCAUCGCAGACCUUUUAUCUGAAAAAAACUCACGUAGCAUAUUAUUAUCGGAAAGGGGAGAGACAGAAGCUAUCAAAGCGCAUCCUGACUUCCGAAUUUUUGCAUGUAUGAACCCAGCUACUGAUGUUGGGAAAAGGGACUUGCCGGCGGGUGUGAGAUCAAGGUUCAGUGAGAUAUACGUCCACUCUCCAGAUCGUGACUUAACGGACUUAUUGUCCAUCAUUGACCGAUACAUUAGACGGUAUGGUGUAUCCGAUGAGUGGGUUGGCAACGACGUGGCGCAGCUAUAUUUGGAAGCAAAACGGCUGGCUGACUCCAAUAAGAUCGUUGAUGGGGCAAAUCAGAAGCCACAUUUUAGCAUACGUACGCUGACGCGCACACUUCUCUAUGUGACAGAUAUCGUCCAGAUAUAUGGUCUUCGCAGGUCCUUAUAUGAAGGUUUCUGUAUGAGUUUUCUGACGUUACUGGAUGAAAAAUCUGAGUCCAUAUUGCUACCGCUCAUUGAACAAUAUACAAUCGGCAAAUUGAAGAAUCCGAAAUCUGUAAUUUCACAGAUACCCCCUUCACCAGGGCCCGGGUAUGUCAAAUUUAAACAUUACUGGAUGCAAUCUGGGGCUGAACCAAUCCUAGAACAACCACAUUACAUUAUAACCCCAUUUGUUGAGAAAAACAUGCUGAACCUAGUUAGAGCGACAUCUGGUGGAAAAUUUCCUAUCUUAGUGCAGGGUCCAACCUCUGCUGGUAAAACCUCCAUGAUCAAAUACCUAGCUGAUGUCACUGGCCAUAAGUUCGUCCGUAUUAACAAUCAUGAGCACACUGAUUUACAGGAAUAUCUUGGUACGUACGUUACCGAUGCAGCAGGAAAACUGAUCUUCCGGGAGGGUAUAUUGGUCGAGGCGCUACGGAAUGGGUACUGGAUAGUCCUUGAUGAACUGAAUUUGGCCCCUUCGGACGUUCUGGAGGCCCUGAAUAGAUUGUUGGACGAUAAUAGGGAGUUGUUUAUCCCGGAAACCCAGGAGGUUAUUCAUCCCCACCCAGAUUUCAUGCUAUUUGCAACGCAGAACCCGCCAGGGAUAUAUGGAGGCAGGAAAGUUUUAUCUAGAGCUUUUAGAAAUCGUUUCUUGGAACUGCACUUUGAUGAUAUACCACAAGAUGAACUAGAAAUCAUUUUACGGGAACGUUGCCAAAUCGCACCAUCAUAUGCAAAGAAAAUUGUGGAAGUUUAUCGCCAACUUUUAAUUCAGCGUUCAGCUAAUCGGUUAUUUGAGCAGAAAAAUUCGUUUGCUACUUUACGUGAUCUUUUUAGAUGGGCUUUAAGAGAAGCAGUCGGAUAUGAACAAUUAGGUGCAAACGGUUACAUGCUUUUAGCAGAACGCUGCAGAACCCAGGAAGAGAAGAACGUGGUGAAGUCAGUGAUAGAAACUGUCAUGAAAGUCAAACUAGAUAUGGAUAGUUACUAUGAAAGUCUCGAAAACAAAUCAUUGCUCAAACUUGAAAGCUCAGUGGUCUGGACAAAAGCUAUGAGACGCCUAGCUGUUCUUGUUAAUACGUGCUUGGAAAAUAAUGAACCUGUUCUUCUGGUUGGAGAAACAGGUUGCGGUAAAACCACUAUAUGUGAUUUGAUUGCCCGCUAUAAGGAUAAGAAACUGAUUACAAUGAAUGCUCACCAGAAUACUGAAACUGGCGAUAUUCUAGGUGCGCAACGGCCUAUGCGGAAUAGAUCCGAACUUCAGCAGAAACUACUGCAGUUGCUGUUAUCUAUAUUACCUCCUUCUGAUAAUGGGCAGGAACCUGACUUAUCUGCUCUUAUUCAACAAUUCAAUGCGGUUGACAAAAGCACCCUACCUACAGAAACCGUGGCUUCUAUUCAAAAUCAUAUUGACAUGCUAAAUGUCUUAUUUGAGUGGACGGAUGGUCCGCUGAUCCAGGCUAUGAAGAGCGGCGAUUUCUUUCUUUUGGAUGAAAUAUCUCUGGCCGAUGACUCUGUUCUUGAAAGAUUGAAUUCUGUCCUGGAACCAGAACGCAGCCUCUUGCUUGCCGAAAAGGGAUCGUCUGAUUGCUUUAUAACUGCCUCAAACGGCUUCCAAUUUUUAGCGACUAUGAAUCCUGGAGGUGACUACGGUAAGAAAGAACUUUCUCCUGCAUUAAGGAAUCGUCUGACAGAGAUAUGGGUUCCUUCUAUGGAGAGCUUUGAAGAUGUCAAACUUAUCGUUUCGACAAAAUUAGACGAGGAGCUAUCACCUCUGGUAGAUCCGAUUGUCAAAUUUUCUGAAUGGUAUGGUAAGAAGUUUGGGGCUGGAAAGGCUAACAGUGGUGUUAUAUCUUUGCGUGAUAUUUUAGCUUGGGUCGAGUUCAUUAAUAGUACCUAUAAGGCAUUGGCUUGCCCUUAUGCUUCAUUAAUCCAUGGGGCGGCAAUGGUAUUCAUUGACGCCCUUGGAACCAACAACACAGCGUACCUUGCCGAGAGUGAGGAACGAUUAGAACACCAGAAGCAAGAAUGUCUCAAAUAUCUGUCUGAACUAGCAGGAAAGGAUUUAAACAAAUACAUGUCUGGUCCAUUCGAUGUUAAGAUUGACGAUGAAACUCUCCAAUCCGGGCUUUUUAGCCUACCCAGAGUUUCUUCCUCAUCUGUCCAACCGGUUUUCAAUCUUGGCGCACCUACUACAGCCUACAAUCUCAUGAAAGUUGUCAGAGCAAUGCAAGUACAAAAGCCAAUCUUACUGGAAGGAUCACCUGGUGUUGGUAAAACCACAUUAAUUUCGGCAUUGGCUGACUGUACCGGUAACGAAUUAACGCGUAUUAAUUUAUCCGAACAAACUGAUUUGAUUGAUUUAUUUGGAUCCGAUGCUCCCGGAGAGAAGACUGGCGAGUUUGUAUGGCGUGAUGCACCGUUUUUAAGAGCUAUGCAAAAAGGUGAAUGGGUAUUGUUAGAUGAAAUGAACUUGGCAUCUCAAUCUGUUUUAGAAGGUCUAAACGCUUGUUUGGAUCACCGUGGUGAAGCCUAUAUUCCAGAGUUGAACAAAUCAUUUUCUCGGCACCCCAAUUUCCGCGUAUUUGCUGCUCAAAAUCCGCAAUACCAAGGUGGUGGUAGAAAAGGGUUACCAAAGUCUUUCAUUAAUCGUUUUAGUGUGGUUUACGUGGAUAUGUUAAAGGCGAAUGACUUGCUUCUGAUUGCAGGCUAUUUGUAUCCGCAGGUUCCGCUCGAGAUUUCUGAGAAAAUGAUCAGACUUAUGUCACAAUUGGAACACGAUGUCAGUGUGAAAAAAGCAUGGGGUUCACUUGGUGCUCCAUGGGAGUUCAAUCUGAGAGAUACCCUGCGGUGGUUAAAAUUAUUGAAUUCACAAUCCAUCUGUAACGACAUUGGCGCGGUAGAUUUCCUCGACAUAGUUGUCAAGCAGAGGUUCCGCACCGAGUCAGAUAGACAGCAAGUCAAUCAUUUGAUACAGAACAUAUUUGGAAGUUACAAGAAACGGGACAACUAUUAUCAAGUGGCUCAGGAUUACCUCCAGGUCAAUGCCGAGUUGAUACAAAGAAAGCCAAUGGUACAGUUUGAUUCACAGAAACUACUUGUUCCUUUACAAACAAACUAUGAGGUUUACGAAUCGAUAAUUCGCUGCGUAAAUCACAAUUGGCCGGUUAUUCUUGUUGGUCCUACAAAUGCUGGUAAGACUGGAGUUGUUCACCAUAUCGGAAGCCUGGUUGGUGCAAAUAUUGUGGAAUUCUCCAUGAACAGUGACGUUGACAGUAUGGAUAUUCUAGGUGGUUACGAACAAGUUGAUAUUACCAGAAAGAUUGGAUCGGUCAUAAACAAAUUGACCUCUGCUCUAAGAGAGCUCCUGAUUUUGAACAUCACGACAACUAAUAUGGGUUCAGAGUCCGAAGCUGGUAUAAGACAGGCCCUCGCCCUGUUUGAAUUUAUCAAGGAAACAGCUAUCACCCCGGAUAUUUUUGACGAAUUCCUAAGCCGUUUUACAAAAUUUAUGGAAUACACUGCUAAAAACAAUGUACUCCAAGAAAUACAGCAGGAUGUUUCCAAGCUAGAGACCUUAUUUGAAAAGCAGGCCUCUGUGAAAUUUGAGUGGUUUGAUGGUUUACUGAUUAAUGCUGUUGAAGAAGGAUACUGGUUGAUCUUGGACAAUGCCAAUCUGUGUUCCCCUUCUGUUUUAGACAGAUUAAACUCAUUGCUGGAGCCGAAUGGGACACUUAUUGUGAACGAGUGCAGCUUGGCUGACGGUAGGCCAAGGCAUAUUAGGCCUCAUCCCAACUUCAGGCUCUUCAUGACAGUGGAUCCCAAAUAUGGUGAGUUAUCAAGAGCAAUGAGGAAUAGAGGGAUUGAAAUUUUCAUUGAAGAUCUUCAGAAGCGGGCCACGGAAUUUGAUCAAAUGGUACUUGGUAUGGGCGAGGUGGCUCACCAUGACAGUGAGUUAGAAGAAAAGCUACAAAACAUCACGCUCUAUGAGCCUACCGCUCGUACCCCUACAUCAGCAUAUCUGUCGCCAAGGAUUUCAUCUUUGUUACCGUUUGCGAGACUACACGAUAUCAUUCAUAUGGCCGAUGAUACUAUCUCUGCCACUGUUAUAUCGACUUUGUCAUUGAUUUCUUCAGAGUAUGUGGCUCACUGGAAGUCAAAUGUCAUUGCAAGUUCUCUAUUUGAAGAGAAGGAAGCUGUCAUUAGAUUGGUCGACCUUUAUUAUAUGCUUGAGAGCAGUAAUAUGCUACCAAAAAUAAAGGGCAUAUAUGCGUCUGCAACCGCGGAUAUCCUCCCAUCUUUUAAUAGUAACAGCUUUGCUGUUCAUCAACCCUUCCAUCCACUACUAAAUGCUCAAAUUGCUUCUCGCUUGCAGGAUGUUUCCCCAAAUGUCGUCUCACAGGACGUACACUACUUUUAUCAACUAUUGGAAAUGGAAAUACAAGGCAGAGAAUCUUUAACGCAAGUUGAAAGAAAUGCGCUACAUGGAAAGCUGAAUCAGCUAACAUAUCUUGAGCAAAGCGCUGCCGUAGACCAAGGAAGGCAUAUCAAAAAUCCUCCUAGGGUUGAAGUCUACACGUUCCUAUUGCAAUUAAGAGAUUUUGUUCACCAUGCUAUUGUGAACUCAGGCUUCUGCGAGCAACAAAGUGGCUAUAGAAUUUUACAUGCUCUUUACGUGGUUUGGAUGGGGAUUUUUGAAGCAGCUACAGCGAACGAUGAAGCUCGUCUACGUGUUUACCAGGAUAUCUUGUUAGAAUGGCUGAAAAGUGCUAACGAUGUUAUUCCUGAGCUUGGGAGUGUAUCUGCACUGAUUCAGCGGUUCUGUGAAGGUCUGAAUCUGACUUCGGGUCUUUCGAUGACUUUGCUAUGGGGAGUAUUCCGUAAAACAUACCCCUCUUCCUUGGAUUCCUGGAACAAGCUUCAAAAUAUUGAGGAUAUGGCGGAAAAGUUUGAUCAUGCCGUCAAAGAACAGUUAUGUGAUUCAUACCCACUGAUUAGGCAAUUGCAAGACGUUUUUCAUGGCUUAGUACGGGAUGUGCUGUCUGGGACUUGUGAAGAAUUUGAGCAGGUCAUUUCUAAGAUAGAAAUAGGUCUUUCAGAGCUCAACAGACUUUCUUCUUUGUUCUUGAUCAAGAGGAAACACUUCUUCUUAGAGGAAUUUGAUAAAAUCGCCAGAUUUAUAUUCCUAGAUCCCGUUGAAUGUUCUACUCUGCUAUUCAACCUGGCGCCCACAAGUAGUAUUUCUACUUCGCAGUUAGUCAAAGCCAAUAGCGCAAACUAUGCUUUCCCAGCCACUUUUGAUUUCCUAUGGAUGCGGGAAGGUUUAGCUUACAAAUCGCAUGUUGAUGAUAUCUUCACAGCUUCCUUGUUGAAGGGGUUGAUACCGAAAUUAAAUUCCUUUGAGAAUUUCACCGGAAGUCACAUCACUCAAACCGUGAAUGACGCGACAUUGUUGCUCAAUUCGAUGGUUGACGCAUCGGUGGUUAUUCUUCAGGAUCAAUAUGCUCGUUACAGGCAGGUUCUAUUAGACUGGUAUAAGGCAACAGUGAAGGCCCAUCUAACCUGUGAGUCUAAUGAUGAUUAUCGUGUACUAGCGGGCUUAGCAAUGGAACACACGGAACCACAUUUCCAAUCAAUUCAUGAGAAAUUCUUUUCACCUGCGCUGCAAAUGCUAGAUAUUCCAGGUGAUGCCGCGCUAGGUAAAUCUUACGUUCUCUUUGCUAUUGGGAUGAUUCAACUGUAUGUGCCAAGUUCACCAUAUGAUCCUGCUGUUCAUGACUACGUUAUUUUAGACCAUUUCAGUCUUCGGAAAAAUCUGUCAGAAACAUUAGCUGAAUCAUGGAAAGCUGUAAGUAAGGUGAUUAUCGGCAGAGAAUCCUCUAAUAUUUCUGAAACAUUACCAACUAUCAGUGAUUCAGACAAGCCGGCAAGUCCAUCUUAUUUUAGACCGAAAACUUCGGUCAAUCCUAUGUUUGACGAAUGGUCUGCGUUUAUGACCUCUACGGUCGAUGUCGAGCCUCUUGAAAGGCUACUGAACUUACUGGAGGACGCCAAUUCUUCUUUCAAGGUGACAUCUGAUCAAGUUAAAAUGUUCCAACAAAAUACAUCACAUUUCCUGGAUAGACUAUCCACAACUUACAUGCAUUAUUCUGAUCUGAAUGAUAUCUUGAGUGGUUAUGUCUACUGUUUGAAAUUCGGUUUUGAUCUAUUAUUGGCCUCUAAGCAGCAACAGCAAGACAAUCUAGCCGUGUCCCCAUUAUGGGCCUUCGAUAUCAAUAUAUUGACUGAUAUCUCAUCAAUGACAAAGAAUAUUGGGUCCAUGAACCCAUACUUUAGGGAGAAAACGGUUGAUUCACUUGAUGCUGACCGUGUCCUUUUGCACUACCUGGCGCUGGCGAAGUAUCACGCUUUAGAAGGGGAAGUACUCUAUAACGUGAACACUGUGCUUCAGACUUUAUAUUACCGGUGGUCUUUACGUCGCAUUAAGGAUGAGAAAUUGGCUCGUGAGCAGAAUUCUAUUUUCAGAUACAAAGACGAUAGCGGCGACGUUGAACAAGAUUUCAAGAGACUUUUCCCAGAUUAUGAAGACGUGCUAUCAAUUGAUGCAGAAGAUAAGACUGUAAGCUCAAAGGAUGAUCUCCUACAAGUCUAUUACAGACUAGCAGUAAACUAUAUGUCACUGUUUGAAGAGUCUAAACAACUGAAAAUUCAAGAACUGAUCCACGAUAGCGCCCACGUAAUUGAAACAUUACUAAAUGACCAGAAGUUUGAAACUGCUAAAAUGAGUCCACAUUCUUAUGUCGCUGUUAUUAACGAGCUUGCAUCUGUUAUUAACUCGAUCAAUUCCCCUGUUAUUGCCAGUGAUAUUGACUUUUACCACGGCGGUUCAGUAGUGGAACUGAAGAAAUCGGCUAAGUUGAUUGAGCGACUACUAUAUUCGGUGAAUAAUCUAUUGGUCCAGUGGCCUGAACAUGCCACGCUACGUGAACUUUUCAGGAUCUGUAAAGAAUACCUGGAAUAUUCUGCGAAUACGCCUAUUGCCAAAUUGCUACAGAAGAUAGAACAAAUCUAUACAUUUGCUGCAGAAUGGGAGAAAUAUGCAUCGAAGAAUGUCUCUCUAAGUGUCCAUAUAGAUGAGCUGACACGCCUUAUCGUUGAAUGGCGUAAGUUGGAGCUGCUGACAUGGAAGAGUCUUUUUGAAUAUGAGAAUAAAUCUGUUGAACGUAAUAUUGGCAACUGGUGGUUCCACUUGUAUGAAACGAUAAUCAAUGCUAACUUCAAGAAUGUUGAAUUUCAUGGCACAGAUGAAGAAUAUACUCAACUUCUGCUUGCUCUGAAUGUCUUCUUCAGCAAAAGCACAUAUGGUGAAAUACACAUUCGUUUGCAAAUGGUACAUGCUUUUAUAAAGCAUGUAUCCGUCUUGAACUCAGCUGGAACUCCAGUGUUACACGCGUUGACGAACAUCACCACCUUUUACGAACAGUUUCUACCUGUCAUUGAAGAUAGCAUUGCGGCAAACAAAAAGAUUUUAGAAAAGGAGAUUUCUGAAGUUAUUCUUCUUGCUAGCUGGAAAGAUGUGAAUGUUGAUGCUCUCAAGCAAAGUUCCCGUCGUUCGCACAACAACCUCUACAAGAUUUUGCGCAAGUACCGUGACGUUUUAGCUACUGAAGUGUCACCAUUAGUCCAAAAUGGAAUUUCUGCAAGCUAUAAACUGACUUCGCAGUUUAACAAGGUUGCUCUACCAAUGGUCAAGGAUAUUUCAUUGUGUGAGUUAAAAGUGCAAAUAACUGAACUGCCAUCCUGGGCUACGGGUCCAAAAGUGCUAUUGAACUUGACCAGAGUGGAGAAAAAUAUGGCGGUAUACAUUUCCAGAAUCACUGGACGUGCUCUGCCAGAUCUCUAUGCCUAUGCUCAGCAAGUUAUGACAGAGGCUGAUAGACUAAGAUCGGAAACGCCAAAGGUCUAUAGUAAGGAUAAGAAGAAGCUGUUGGCUACCCUGAAGAGCCAAAAGAGAAAGGCAUUGAGUGACACACUAAAAGAACUCCGGCGCAUAGGUCUAAAGACACAUUUUAGAGAUGAUAUUCACAAGUUGCUAGGCUCUGUCACAUCCAUUCUUGCCAACACCAAGAGCUUGAAGUGUACAGCAGCGUCAUCUUGUGACAACUAUUAUUUCCGACUCCUAGACAUCAUUCCAAGGGUCCGGAGUACAGUAUCAAACCCAGCAGAUGAUGUGCCAUUGCCUGAUCUAGAGGCUGGUCUGGCUAUUUUUGAGGAUUUGAUGUCGAAGUUAAUCUUGGCAAGGGAUCCGAUUCACACUAUAGCAGUCUCAUACGAUGAAUUUGGUGAAUUGCGUCAGUAUCUGGAAGAAGUGAUUACAUCUAGACAGGUUAUGGGCCGUUCAAUUGCUUCUGAUUACCAGCUCUUCAGUUACUAUGUUAAGUGGUUGCCUUAUGUUAUUGAUUAUGCGCUUCACACAUUGCGAUCGUAUUCCACCGCUGCUGCAGAGUCUAUGGACACCUCUUUCUUCCAACAGGCUUAUGACGAAGUGAGAACCUAUGAAGAGUUCACUAAUAAGAAUAUUGUGCUUAACGAAAGAGUUUCCAAUGCGAUAUCAUCGUUUAAUGCCUUCCUAUUAAGAUUCGUCGAAGGAUUACAAGCUAAUAAAAAUACCAAGUGCCAGUUUGUCUACGAUAUGGUAUACUCCUGGGUCCGUCAAUCUACCUCUCAACUCUCAACAAAAUUCGAAUCAAAUGAUUAUGUUUCAAAGAUAGAUGAGACUGUUAGACGUCUGUGCACUUCUAUUAUUUUAUCGGUCCAACGCUUGAUGGAGUCGCAGACAGAUGAAGUGACUGAAGAAGUUGAUAGAUGGUUUGCAAUCUCGACCAAGCAACUGGUAGACAACAUGAAAUUGUGCAAUUCACAGAAGAUUAUUUCUACGAUGCACAUGCUUGUUAAUCACCUAAAACAGAACGAUAUUCUUGGAGAAGAAAUGACCCUUGUUUCCUCAACAAUAUUGUACGCGAUGCCAGUUUUCAAUCAAUACCACCGCCUACUAGGCUCGAUAUUGAAUGCCUCGCAGCAAAAUUACUAUACUACUUCGAGAGCAACAUACGCGUUUUCGCACUUGUUGUACAACUUAGCGAAGGACGGUUUCUGUUCUCCAGAACCACCUUCGGAAGAAGUUGAAGAUAACAAUUUGCAUGAGGGUACUGGCCUAGGUGAUGGUGAGGGCGCUCAAAAUAACUCCAAGGAUGUUGAAGAGGAUGAGGAUUUGUUAGAAGACGCUCAGAAACCGAACGAUGAUCAGAAAGAUCAAGAUGAAAGGUCCGAAGACGAAGAUGAUAAUGCCGUUGAUAUGGAAGGUGAUAUCGCCGGUGAGCUGGAGAAUGCUCCUGGCCAAGACUCUGGCGACGAAGAUGAGAUGGAAGAGGAAGAAAAAGACUUGGAUGAGGAAAUAGACGACUUGGAUGACGAUCCAAAUGCAAUUGACGACAAGAUGUGGAAUGAAGAGCCGGAAGAAGAUACCAAGGAAAAAGAGUCUGAGAAGAUGCCUGAGAAUUCUGCCGCUGAUGAUGUUCAAGCCUCAAAAGAGGAAGACGAAAAUGCUAAUGAUAAUAAUCAAGCGGAUGGUACUGCAGAAGAUGGCAGGGAGGAAGAUGACGCAGAAGAAGAUGGUGAAGAAGAUGUUGGUGAGCAGGAUGAUGAGGUCAAACAUGAGGAUAACGAAGACUUGGAAGCCAAUGUUCCAGAGGUUGAGACAAUGGAUCUACCCGAGGAUAUGAACUUGGAUUCUGGAGACGAAAAAGAUUCAGACGAUGGAGCAGAUGAUCAAUUCGACGACGAUAUGUCGGUAGAUGAAGAACCUAACGCCGAGGAGAUGGAAACUAAAGAUGAUGCGAUAGAUGAGAACAAUAUGGGUAGUGAUGAUGAAGCUUUGUCCCCUGAAGAAGAGCAACAAGAUGACGGAAUCGCUGAGGAUGGUGAAGCAGCUAGUGACGAAGAAGCUGAUGGCGCUGAAGAAGAAGGCCAAGACCAGAACUCUGAAGAUGAGCUAGCUGAAGAUCACGCAGAUGAGAAUAAGCAGGAACCGGCCGAUCAGGAAGCAGCCUCCGACAAACAGCAAGGUCUCGAAGGGAUUGAAGAUUUGGCUGAUGUUCAGGAUAUUGACAUGGAAGCAGCGGUCGAACAGCAUGCAGGCGCUAGCGGUGAAGGAGCAGAAGCCGCGGAUUCAAAAGAACAGGACAACGUCGGGAGUUCUGGUAUGGCGCAAUCUCAUGAGCAACAGCAGGACAAUGGUGAAGAGGUUCAGGAUUCGUCACGGGAGGAGGCCAUUGAAAGUUUGAAACAAUUGGGUGAUUCCUUGAAGGAGUUCCAUAGACGUCAUCAACAGAUAAAGGAAGCUUCUAACAAUGAAGAAGAAACAAACGCGGAUGCCGCAAAUACUCGUCCAGACGAAUUUGAACACAUCAAUGGCGCCGCAACGGAUGCUGACACCCAAGCUUUGGAUACUGCAACUAAAGACCAACUAGAAUCAGUAGACAAGGACCAGGCUAUCGAGGACGAUCAUGACAUGGACGCUGAUAAGAAAGCGCCCGACGCAGACAUUGACGCGAUGGAUGUCGAUGACGCAGACGCAGAUGACGACGCACAAUUACAAAAUGGCGAUGUCGAUGCUGAGGAAGUAAAUGGAAAGAACGUGGGCGGCUUUAUUGGCAACCGGGACAUGCAGGAUGAUAAUGCCCAGGCUUUGGAUCUCGACCUGCCUCUGCAACAACAAGACGAACUGGAGCAGAUCAUUGAACAGAUCGAUAUAGAGUCACGCGCAGACCAGGAAGCAGCUGUCCCCCCUAGGUCAAUUGAAGACUCUAGGGUGCUGUGGAAGAAGAGUGAGCAAGCCACAGACGAAUUGGUGACGGUGCUCAGUGAACAACUGCGCUUGAUCUUAGAACCCACACUAGCUACGAAGCUUAGAGGAGACUAUAAGACGGGUAAGAGGCUCAACAUGAAGCGCAUCAUCCCUUACAUUGCCUCGCAGUUCCGUAAGGACAAGAUCUGGCUCAGAAGGACCAAACCAAGCAAGCGCCAGUACCAGAUCAUGAUUGCAGUGGACGACUCCAAGUCCAUGAGCGAGUCAAAGUCUGUGGAGCUCGCCUUCCAAAGUAUAUGCCUCGUGUCGAAGGCGCUCACCCAGCUGGAGUCAGGCGGGCUGUCCAUUGUUAAGUUCGGCGAGACCACCAAGGAACUGCACAACUUUGACCAGCAAUUCGCUGCAGAUGCGGGUGCCAAGGUGUUCCAGUGGUUUGGCUUCCAGGAAACGAAGACGGAUGUCAAACGGCUGGUCGCGGAAUCGAUCAAGAUCUUUGAGCGCGCACGUACCUCGCAGAACAGCGACCUCUGGCAGCUACAGAUCGUGAUUUCUGACGGCGUCUGCGAAGACCACGAAACAGUGCAAAGACUGGUGCGGCGUGCUCGCGAGAACAGGAUUAUGCUCGUGUUCGUCAUAAUCGAUGGCAUCAACGCAAAGGAAUCCAUCCUGGACAUGGGUCAGGUCAGCUACGUUCCGGACCAGAAUGGCGUGUUGCAGCUGCAGGUCACCAAAUACUUGGAUACCUUCCCGUUCGAGUUCUACGUCGUGGUCAGGGAUAUAUCGGAACUUCCAGAGAUGAUCUCGAUCAUCUUGCGCCAGUAUUUCACAGAACUGGCGUCUUUGUAG